AUGAGGGCCAGGUCGAUAAUCACUGACCUGCAUCGGAAAUUUGCAGAGACGACGUGGAACGACACCUUCCAGCUUGUGCGCAGAUGCAUGGACAUGCCCAGAAAAAACUCCAACCAAUGUGAGCAAUUGGUUAGAUGUCUGGAAAGGCUCCAGGGUGCUUUAAAUGUGUCUUCUAUGAAGGCCACGAUGUCUCGCCUUGAAAUAAUGGCUAAACAAAAAGGAAUGGGCUUUCACUUUACUGAGGCAACAUGCUACCUGACCGCCGACUUGUUCUAUCUGGAGAUAGUGCUGCUGCCGGAGGGUGGAGUUAAGGAAGUCACGGUGGCCCCACACAUUGCAGCUCCUGUGUCUAGUGAGUCACUUCUGCUGCUGCUGAGGUCAAAUAACUUUCUGGAGUUCUCGUCGAAGUUGGCACACUUGUCUGCUGUUUACAACUUGCCUGGAGACAAUGAAACCAAAGCAAAACUGCUCGCAUCCAUACAAUACCUCGGGACAGACUUGCAGAAGAUGUCCAAUUUGCCAAGGAAACUGAAGGACCGUGAUCCUCACGUGGACACGAUUCUAAAUGGACUGACUGGAUACCUAAAAGCUGGAAAAGAUUGCCUACUGACUAUCCAGUUCUAUGUGAACCCUUCUGGUGUCAGGAAGACUACAGAUUCAGGGAUGGAGAAAGUUAACACAGCCCAGGUGAUUAUGGGGUGCACUGAUGAGACCCAUAAGCUUCAGAUGGCCUCUUUGAUCCCAAAACCUCCCCAGCUCGAUCCCAAAGGACAUCCAGUGUUCAGUCCAUUGCGCGAGAUGCCCCAUGAAACUCUGCCGUUCUGCUUCCUGCUCAGAUUAGACCCACCACUUCCAAUGUUUUACUCCUUUGUAAACAAGCUCGGCCAAAUUACAGACAUUACCAUACCAGAUGUUGUCCUGCAGAGGACACCCUUUCCCAAGCUUCUGAUGAAUAAUAGUUCAUCGAGUGCAAAGCAGUGUGAGGACACGUUUGAUGAGCUGGAUACUGUUUCUAUUGUGACUCUCCCUGCUGAAAAGAAACACAGUUAUGUCCUCCCUGAAGCUGCAUGGGAGCUGCCUGCCCUGUGUGGGACCAUGGUGGACAGCAUUCCCUUCACACACCCCGCUCAUGUCCCGCCAGUACUGGAGGUGCUCCGCCAUCAGUGUGCCGUCAACACGCUGCUGACCACCUGCUUGACUUCUCAGUGGGAAAGCCUGGAUGAGUUGCAUUUUUGUGAUGCUGAUUCUUAUUGGAAAAACUUGCUAAUACGUUCAGUUAAUGACAGACCUUAUGAAGUCCUACCAGAAUCUGACACCAGCUUCUCCGUGACCUUUCUCCGACCUGAUAUCGACUCCCUUGCUGUUUUGCUGGUGAACGUGUUUGGCUGUCGGCAGCUUACCUGCAGACUUUUUGCAGCGGGAAUUAUGGAUCCCUCAAUGGAUGAGCACAUCACCAAGGUUAUGAAAAGGUGCAUGUCUAUCCCGGUGACCAUGAGGGAGUUGUAUUGUAAGCUGGAAAAGAUGGUCAUGUUACCACCUCCAGUGGGCUCUGCCACUGUCGAGGGAGAAGAUGAUGUCCAACUCCCUCCCCUGACCCGUCAACAGCCUGUCACACUGCCAUUGUCUCAGUCCAACAGUGAUGCUGCUCCUCCACUGACCACAGUCUACCAAGAUGCAGUUGGACCGGAACACAACAGCACCUGUUCAGUCCCCUAUGUCAUGUCUGUAGCCACAUCUGGGUUUGUUCCUGAAAUUAAUACAAUUCUUCCUGCCAACCCCUUACCCCAUGCCACUGUGGAUUCACACUGUGUAACAAAUAACAGCCAGCUUACAGAACUAAUUCAGUUGUAA